AUUAUUUCAACACAAUAUGUUUUUGUCAUAAUUCAUAUGAAGUGAGAAAAACGAUGUCUUUGCGUUUACUUUGCAAUAUUUCAAGCUUUCUUGAAAUCUUUAUUUUAUGUGCAACUCAUAGCAUCGACACGCACAACAUUUUUAUUUCAAAUGGCGAUUCCGUAAUUUUGAAAUGUGACGUUUUACCUAACAGUAAAUCAACAUGGGACAAAGAAAAUCCACGUGCUAAUAAAACGUAUAAAGAAGUUAUUCCGCAGGCCGAUGGCAAAUAUAUCAAUCCUAAAAUCCCUAAUAAGAAUAGACUAGAAAUUGUAGGGAAUAUAAGUAAAGGUGAUUAUAAUCUUCAAAUACAGAACGUGUCAUCAAGCGAUGAAGGAACUUACAAAUGUUCGCAAAAGGUAAAUGGAACCAUAGUGCGGGAGCACCACGUGACAUUACAGAUUGAAGUAAAACCAAAGAAUGUUGAAGUUCUUCAUUCGGAAAACGGGUUCAUAGAUGUAGAAGAGGGCAAGUUUUUAAAUCUAACAUGCAGUGUACAAAGCGGAAUUCCACCGGAAACAAUUACCUGGUUUAAUAGGUCCUCACCAGUGAAAAGUGGCGGGCCAGGAAAUCUAACAAUUAGUUUUAUAACCCAAAAAAAUCAUCAUAACAACCAGUUUUCGUGUAAAGUUGAAGCAGAUUCCCUGUUGAUUCCGAUUUAUAAAAAUAUCACGAUUGAUAUAAAAUAUAAGCCAUAUGUGAAGUUCAUAGAUUCAAAUCCUAUCAUAGUGACGGAAAAUAAUAAUCUGACACUAUUAUGCUCUUCUGAUGGAAAUCCUAUGGUCAAUGAAAUGCAAAUUUUAAAUCAAGUAAACAACCAAGUCUUAACUCGUUGUCUUCAGUCAACAUGUAGUUUCACUAUUUCAAAAAUCAAACGAAAGGACGCUGGAAUAUACAUAUGCAAUGCCGAAAAUACUUUUGGAAUAACGGAAACAGUCGUCAAAGUCAAUAUAACGUACCCACCUUCAGUAACUGUUACACAACAUAUAGGACGGCUAGCGUUGCAGUGCAAUCCAGAUGGCAAUCCGCCUACAUACACCUUUCAUUUGUGGAAACAUCGGUCGAAAUUUGGAGAAACCAUUAGAAAGCUCAAUUAUAGUAGACAUCUUAAUUUUCCGACCAGUGAAAGAAACUAUCACAAAAAUGGAGUCUACAUCUGCAGUGUUGAAAAUGGCAUUGAAGAUAUCAACGGAUUGUCAGUUCAGUCAGGACAAACAAUUGUGCAACUUACAGACAAACCCAUCUUUGUAUCCCAGAAUUCAAAAACUCAAUAUGGACGAUUUGGACACUAUGUUGACAUUACUGUAUAUGUGUACAGUUUUCCAGAACUAACAAGUGUAAAUGUUGUAAGAAAUGACACAUGCUUUGUUAACAAAAAUAAUCUUGUUUAUAUUGAAAAUUCAACCUUAAUUGAUACAUUAUUCAACACGGAAUUUCGAAUAAUUGGAACAACAAUUAGGCUUCAUCGAUAUAAUCUUACAAAAGAUGACUUCACUUUUUAUCAAUUUAACGUUACGAACAAAAUUGGUCACGCAAUACAUGCAGUUGAACUUACUGCAGCUGAUAAACCAGAAAAACCAAAUAUUAAGGAAGUCAUUCCUGGCAUAGAAAAUCUCAAGGUUAGCUGGACAAGUACAUUUAACGGUGGCAAGGAACAACAGUUUAUAUUGGAGUAUAAAACAGUGGAAGAUUCCAAAUGGAAUAAAGUUUCCCCAAUAAAUGAAACUUUUGAUAACUGCUGUCAUCACGUUAUAGAAAACCUUGUUGCAAGUACAGAUUACAUGGUACGCAUUCAUGCGACGAACGAGCUAGGAGAUAGCAAAUUUACAGAUAUAAAAAGAGUAAAAACGGUAGCAGUAAACACAGACCAAAGUGGUAUUACUUCAACGAUUAUCGGGUUGAUACUUGGGAUUGUCGUCGUAGUUACAGUCUUGACACUGUCUUUAUUCUUAUAUCUGAAAAGAGGUUAUUUUAUCAAGACAAAGUUUCCAAGUCAGUCUAGCAUUCAGGAUGACGAACUUCAAGAUGAAAUGGCUGUUGAAAAUUACAUUUACCAGUCGCAAGGAAAUACAUUAGAAAACCGCAAUCAACAAGUUCAAUCUGACAAACAAAGAAGUGCCAAUCGACAAAAAACUCCACUGCUUCAGGGCAGUAUUGAAUCUCCGUAUCAAAAUCAUUUUACAGCUAAUUCAUUAAAAAAUGAAGCUAGUCUAGCAGUUGAGAAUAACCUUUAUCAUUCUCAAACUAGUGGCAAUUUGUUGCGAAGAAUGCAUCAUUGUGAUAAAUCUAGUGUUAACUUUUGCAGAAAUGCAAGUAGAGAUAACAUGUUACAAAAUAUGCCUUCACAUUCUAACGAAAGGACCUUCAAAAUAGCACAUGAGCAGUACAAUGGAGCUUUACAUUACGUAGAGGUAGUUGUUGAUCCAUUGGAUCCGACCAAGGAGGUACGUAUUCAUGGAACUAAUGACAGGACCAUUUAUGCCGACAUUGAAACAGGAGUAGUUGGUGUACCACUAAACGAAAUUGAUAGAGACGAUGACGAUACAGACGAAGAUGAUGAUGAUGACUUUAUGUAUAUUGAUGGGAUAAUUGACUAUACAAAAAAGUCUUGAAAAGUCUUAUCUCCUCUACAUAUCCAGGUCGAAAUUAGUCAAACACUGUUGGUUAGUUUUGUGAAUGCU